AUGUUCAAAGACUACUAUCACAUACUAGGUGUACCUCCUCAUGCUUCCGCAGAGGCCAUUAGGAGCGCCUUUAAGCAACUUGCCCUUCAAUGCCAUCCUGACAAGGUUUCGCAGAGCACUUCCGUAGGGUGCUCUAAUGGGAUAGCAUCGGGCGCCAGAAGUCUACUUGAUUACGUAGCCUUGCCAAAAUUCACAGAUGUUCAGGAGGCGUAUGAGGUGCUCGGCGACGUCGCUCGGCGCUACCUAUACGAUCUCAAUUAUACAGAUUUACUUAACCAGCAACGCGCUUUGCAGGAGCAGUUUAUCCGUGAACAGCAAAGAGAAAGGAGUCUCGCAGCGGAACGUGAGCGAGCAGCACAAGCGUUGCGUGAGAAGUCAGUCGUGGACGUGCCCGCGCAGAAAUAUCCAACUGCGACGCCUGUAGAGAUCGUCAACGAUAGCGGCGCUAAAUUAGGUUCGAGCGAGGGGUAUGAGGAGUCUCCCACCGAGUCCACUCCCCCAAGCAAUGAAACCCCGGAGGUGUCUGCUUUCCACCAAAAACCUUCACCGAGCGGAAAACAGACCAAUGACGGCAUCCCCAGCAGAGAACCCUUAAAGCAAGCGAACAAACCACUUCCCACGACUUCACUCCACCGGAAAGUUGGAAAAUCCUCCCAACGUUCAACCAAAAGCGGGCAAAGCCCCUCAUUAACCCCGUUUUCGUCCUCUUCUGCGCAGCCGUCGUGUAAAUUGUCGUCGAGUAGUGAUGAAAAUACGUCUGUGGAGGAGGUAAUCUCGGGUCUGCGUGGGACCUCCUUAGGCGUACCGUCCACUACUCCUCUUCCUUCUUUGGCGGCUGCAAGAAAUCGUAAUCCCUCACGAAAUCCAGCUACCAAGGCGUCGGGCAAAUCCAAUGCGAGCUUUCAAACCCCCGACCACUCUCGGGUCAUCCAAAGGACGAUUGAGGUCUUUUUCUUGGAAAGAGGAGUGCAGCAUUAA